CAAUGUCCGGUGAAGGAACACAUAACAGUAACUGAACUCCCCCAGUGCUAAGGUCUCUCCCGGCGGCGAAAACAACCAGGACCAGGCGAAACGAAUCAAACGAUGGAAAACCUCCCUGUUCAGUCGAUUGUCGCCGUGAUAAUUUCUACGCUGAUCUCCUCAGGAGCUUACAGAAGAAAAUCCCUGGACCUCUCCGGCGCUGUUGCCGGUUUCCUUGUCAUGUCCAUUCACCUCGCCGUCAAUUAUAGAUUUGGAGCAAUGCUUCUUGUGUUCUUCUUCACUUCUUCGAAGUUCACUAAACUGGGAGAGGAGAAAAAGAGGUUACUAGACGCUGAAUUCAAGGAGGGAGGUCAACGUAAUUGGAUUCAAGUUCUCUUCAACAGUGGCAUUGCGACGGUCCUGGUCGUGAUUGCUUGGAAGUUGAUUGGUUCGCGUGACAUGUGCCUUGACUCAAAACAGUCACAACUCAUCACUUCUUUAAUUGGUGGUAUUAUUGGUCACUAUUGCUGUUGCAACGGGGACACCUGGUCUUCAGAGCUUGGGAUUCUAAGUGACGAUCAGCCUCGUCUAAUUACAACAUUCAGGCCAGUAAAGAGGGGCACGAAUGGUGGAGUGACGAGAGCUGGGCUUUUAGCAGCAGCAGCUGCAGGGAGUGUCAUCGGAUUAGCCUUUGUUCUCAUUGGGUUUCUAACAGCAAAAUGCACAUACACUGUGGCUCUAAAGCAGCUACUGGUAGUACCACUCUCUGCUGUGGCUGGGCUCUGUGGAAGUCUCAUAGAUUCUUUACUCGGAGCAACUUUGCAGUUCAGUGGCUUCUGCACUGUUCGCAAUAAGGUUGUUGGCAAACCAGGACCAACUGUGAAAAAAAUAUCUGGUCUUAGCGUUCUAGACAACAAUGCCGUCAACCUUGUUUCUAUACUGCUCACGGCAGCACUGUCUUCAACGGCCUGUUUAUUCAUAUUCUGAAACCUAUAACGUUGGAGCGAUUUUCAUUCCCAUCUUGCCCAACAAUGGAUUUAUAAAGGUUUGAGUCUAAGGGUUUGUAACGUCAAAACCGUCACACCAUAAGGGAUGGAACUGCAGCUGUUACAAAAAAUCUCCGUCCUAAAAAAGUUGCAUCACUUUGAGUUGGUCGUUAUAACUUAUAAUG